AAAUUGACAUUGACUUCUGUUUUCUGCUCUUCAGGAGUCGAAUUAUAUGAGAUCCAUUGAGUAGAUCAGACAGAAUUAAAUGUAGAUGGGAUGGAUGUUCUUUCUGUGUGUCUACUAAAUUAAAUUGGCUAAUGGCUAAAUUGAAUUAAUUAUCAAGUCUUCAACCCAGUUUAUUGAAUCAUUGUGUGGAUACCUAUCACGUUAUUAAAAUGUUUUUGUCAAACGUUCUAUUCAAAAAAGCCAAAAGCAAGAUGAUAAUGGUAUUGAUGGAGAGUGUAGUAUCUGGACAUAAAUUUAUUGCUAUUCGAGAACGUCUCGCGGAUAAAAUGGAACUCCUAAGGUUUGAUCCAUACAUACGUUGUGAGAGCCUUUACAAGGAAAGGAAAAAAAUCAGAAGUAUCAAAUCUUCAUAAUAGUUUGGAAAUGUGUAGCAAAGUAAGGUAUGUGUAGGCAAAUAAAAACACUGUUAUAUUUGAAAUGUUUUAAUUUAGUUAUUGUACUUGAAAGAAUAAAGAAAUCUUUGGAUACAA